CUUUGUCAACCAGACCGGAAAACUGAUGACCAAAUGACUAAUCAGGAAGUACCCCCAUUAAUAUCGAAUACUGGUGUAUGAACGAAUGAUGCAAGUAGCAAACAAACAUAAAAGCCCCAAGAAAAGUACUGACAGUCACCCUUGAUGCAAUUGCACACAACACGGCCGACCGACCCUGUCAAGAGCUUGCAGUAUGCACGUAGGUGCAAACCUACAAUAAUAACCCCUCGGACAAAGCACUGCAAGCGAGGCGCGUCAGGACAGUUCCUUGUUGUCUCGUCUGAGUCGUCUCCCCUCCCGCUUCCUGUUUGUAGGGCAAGGAAUUCACCCAACGUACUGGGAUCGAGGACGAUUAUUACUGCGUACUGUGUACUGCGUCACGGCCAUAUACGUGUAUUUCUUGUCCGGUUAUGCCUCGGUCGAUCUCCUCCAGCCCAAUUGAUAUACAGCCUAUGUGCGGGCAGUAUUCUGAGUCACAGUCUGUACAUGUAUGUACAAGUACAUAAGUACAGAUUAGAAGGAAACAAAACACGGCCCAUCUGUUCCGUUCCAAAGCGCUUUGUUUUUUCUGUCCUUCUAGUAGAUUGGUUGGGAUUUCGCAAGGAAUCUAGAGCGCUGAUCUGCUUGCUGGAUUGACGGAGUACGAGGUACGGAGUGCCUUCAAAGUCGAUCUUGCUCAUUCUUGAUUAGUUAGUUACAUGCAGGCAGUGAGUAGUAGGCGGGAGCGGUGCGCAGACUUUACAAUCUUGCAAGGUUAAGUGAGCUAUCAACAAGGUUGGAGGAUUUGAAAUUUCGAUUUUGCGCGUUGUCGGCCGCUUCUGUACAAUAUGUGCAUCGGUAAUGCCAAUACCCGAUCACGCAUAUAGGAAUAUAAUAAAAG